AUGCAUUUCCAUACAACACCUUCGCAACAUAUCAAAGAACUUCGCGAGAAUCUGAAACAACAUGCGCGUGUUCCGAUCGAGGCGGAACUCGAUAUUCUCAAACCGAUGGUAUCGUUGAAGCAAUGGAAGAAAACUAACCGAACGAAAGAUGAUUAUGCCGUUCGUGUUGCUCGGCUGGUGUGGUUAAUCUGGAAAGAAAUCGAAUCAAUUUGGCCGGAUUUUCACUUGCACGAUUAUUGUCUAUUCUUUGAUUUAGAACCGACGGACAAAGAAUUCUAUUAUAUCGAUAGAGAUAUUGGAGAAAUCUGUAAAUAUCCGAAAACGAUUCGUUUGCAAUUGGAAACAAAUCUGUUCGAACUAAUCGAAAAUGAUUUGUAUUCAUGUGUAUUUCUUCAACAUCAUGCGAGCGAAAGUUUCGUACGAAGGAAAUUUCUUUGGCAUCAAGAUUGGAUGCUGGAGUAUCCUAUGAAGGAACGACAUUACGAAGAUGAUUUCGAGUUCUUUCACGAUAACAUCUGCCUAGGACAAUUUAGUUAUGUCACAGCUGUACUUAUUCGUGAAUGGCUGGUAAGAAAGCAUAAAGAGCAUCAUAUUCAGAUGGAAAAACAUGAUUUUCAACAUAAAAUCUCCUCAAUUAUACGCGCAACGAAUCUAUCGGAUCGAUAUGUCAACUAUUUACCACCCACCGAAGUUCAGCGCUUGCACGUAGAAUUAGCGAAUUCUCUCUGUUGUGCCAUUCUCCAUUCAACGGACAAUCAAGCAUACUUGAAUGACGCCCUGGCUCGAAUAGUGAUCAUCAAAACCGAUUACGCCAAAGAGUGGUAUGACAACAACUGGUACUGUUCUUACAAUGACGGACUCGUACAGUAUCUGAUGAUGAAUAUUUCCUUACAAGCCACAUUUGGUCUUAAUUUGAAUUUAAAAUCAAACUUGGAAUAUUAUCAGUUAUUCAUUCGACAUCUUCUAAUCAACUGCGAUGAUCCAUUUCAAGGGCGAGUUUAUGAAUCAGCAUCGAUUCAGUUUCUUACCGCUGUACUUUGUGAUCUCGGUGAAGAAGAUUCGAAUCUAUGGAAACGUUCUUAUAACGGAAAAAUCCUACAUACAUUGUUCAAACAUGCUUUAAAUUCCAAUGGCAUUCGCCCAGAGAUGCGGAACAGUGGACGAAUCGAAGCGUUCUUCACUGAAGUCAUCAUUCAAUCAUAUCAUCAUUUUAGUCUAUUUGCUAAACAAUUACAAGCUAAACAGGCAAAAUUUUUAAUUUUGCCGAAUGAAAGCCGCUUUAUCGCUGCAUCAAAGUUGUCGUACUAUGCUCCAGCAAUGAAACAUCUCCUGAAUGGAAAUAUGUGGGUGAAAUAUAUUCGUCAGUUGGAUUAUUCAUCCGAUCAUGGAACAGUUCGUCUGCAAAAUCUUCUUAUUGGAGAAACCUGUUUAACAAAUCAUCAUAUAUUUGUAAUUGCACUACUUCAAGAAACCACGUUGACCGACAUGAAUCGUUUAGUGAUCCAUUCGGAUCAAGUAGAAGCAAAUCUACUGGUUAAACAACAAGAAAAUCAUCGUCAGACGUAUUUUAUUGUUGACAGUCAUCGACAAAAUGAUUAUUCGAAUGUUUUACUUCGCUCAGCCGAAUCAAAUAAUAGAUGUGUUAUUUCUUAA